UAUGAAUUUUGCUCUAAUCAGUACAAAACAGUGCUUUUCGUAGUGCCUACUACUAUCAAAUCAAUACUUCAUGCUAACGUAUCAAGUUAUACCUGGAUUGUGAUAUCCUCUUACACUCCCACAACCACGCAGACAGAUUACGCACUGCCACGUAGUAUACAUCGCAUAACAUACAAUCUUCAUACAAUGGUGCAGCAAGCCGCAUAUCAGAACAGAUCGAUCCACCGGCCACACGCAACGACAUCAAUAUAUGACCAAGUGGAAUACAAUCGAUCCGAACCUAGAACACCUCCCUUACGAAUAAACGUAGAUGCACGCAGACUUACGCAGCAACGUAGAGAUGCGGGUAGUGGCAAUCGCGUAACUGUAGUUGGACAGACAAGCAGAGAGCGAAUGACCAGUGGCAGCGGUGUGCAGUUGAUGCGAUCGGCGAGUAUACGUUCGAGUGCCAAUGUGAAUGCGGGCCCCAACGGUGACGUCAGUCUCAGAGCCAUACUCCUUAGUGAAAGUGGAAGCGCUCGUACGCGAACAGUGCGACGCACUCGCCCCACACCCGUCCCUGAUGCAGCUGUCGCAAACAACAUCCGCACAGAUACGUUGAACAGCCCUGCCGGUAGUGUGGUGAUCAAUGACAAUACCCACAGCAGUUAUAUCGAGCUGAUGCGCACACCCAAUGCACGCACACUCGCCCAGACACGCAGCGACCACAUAGCCCAGAUAGAACGCGCACGCACAGGAGUCACAGUAGCUACCAACGCACACACCGGUGGUAAUAUAGUACAGCCGUUUGUACCGAACACUCCAGACAUACUGCACGAUGCAAUGGAUACUAGUGAUGACGAUAUGUUCAUAGAAGCGCUGAUAAGAACGGAUGGGUACCACUCAUCGCAAGAAGCAGAGGAGAACCCUCGAGACGUGCUGCGUACAGCGCUUAGACAGAGUGGUGCGAGAAGUUCGGUACCUACUGCGAGAGACCCGGCGGUUGCCAUAGAAACCGACACGUCCCCUCAGAGUCGUGCACGGGGCAGUGGGGAGGGUGUGGUGCACACAUCGCGUGUGCCUGUGAUGAGCUUAGCACAGUAUGAAGCCCAGCGACACGCACAGAUCAGUGCGCUGACGGCGCAAGCACAGGUACGACCACUACCGUACACACCGUACACAGACACACAGAUACAGCCACUACCGUACACAGACACACAGAUACAGCCACUACCGUACACAGACACACAGACACAGCCACCGCUGCAGGGGGGUGAGUCUAUCCCUGCGAGAGGGGAAGGAAACAUGCGCUUGAGAGACGGGAGUAUCAACUUCCAGUCACACCAGUUCCGCUCACGUAUGGCGCGGGCGAUGCGCACUUCGCAGAUCGCUCAGCAACAGUCAGGCGAUGCAAACUAG